GUGGUAAAGUUUGAAGAGAAACAUUCUCCAUUUAGAACAGUUUGAAAUUAAGAGUUUCCCAUUUCAUCUAUCACCCUUUUUUUUUCUCUCUCUUCGCGUCACGUAUUUGCCAUACAGAAUCCAGCGAUGGCGACAAACGCUUUUUCCCCUCUCACUCACUUUCUCUCUCUUUAAUCUCUGACUCUCACUUGCUUAAUAUUUCAAUUCCAAAAACUUCGAACCAAUUUUUCAGGUAAAUUUCCUCCAUUUUUUUACAGAUCUUUCAUCGAUCAACUUUUGAUUCUUCAAAUCUUAAACUACCACUCGAACCUCUCAUAAGUCAUACGCAAAUUCGUCAUUCAUACGCUAAUUCCAAAGCUCGAAUUGCAGAAGCUCGAAUUGCAGGUUCUUUUAUCGUGUAAAAGAAUCUGAAAUUUUGGAGUACUAAAAAUACGGAGAGAGAGAAUUAUGGGGUAUAUUGGGGCUCAUGGUGUUGCGGCGCUACAUAGACACAAGUACAGUGGUGUGGAUCACUCAUAUGUGGCCAAAUACAUCUUACAACCGUUCUGGACUCGAUUCGUGCAAUUUUUCCCUCUCUGGAUGCCUCCAAAUAUGAUAACGUUGACUGGAUUAAUGUUCUUAACGACUUCUGCAUUGCUUGGAUAUCUAUAUUCACCUCGUUUGGAUUCACCACCACCUAGAUGGGUUAAUUUCAUGCAUGGAUUAUUGCUCUUCUUAUACCAGACCUUCGAUGCUGUGGAUGGGAAGCAAGCAAGACGUACCAAUUCCUCAAGUCCAUUGGGUGAGCUGUUUGAUCAUGGAUGUGAUGCCCUCGGCUGUGCACUUGAAGCCCUUGCUUUUGGGAGUACUGCUAUGUGUGGAAGGGCAACUUUCUGGUUUUGGGUGAUUGCAGCUAUUCCAUUUUAUGGCGCAACAUGGGAAAACUACUUCACCAAUACUCUAAUCCUUCCUGUAGUCAAUGGACCUACAGAAGGCCUCAUGCUGAUCUAUUUGUGUCACUUCUUCACAAGUUUUGUCGGUGCUGAAUGGUGGGCUCAUCAGUUUGGAACAUCAAUACCCGUCUUGAGCUGGGUGCCAUAUGUUAGUGGGAUUCCAACGUACCAAGCUGCACUGUACCUAAUGAUAGCUUUUGCUGUGAUUCCUACUGUUAUAUUCAACAUACAGAAUGUCUAUAGGGUAGUUAAAUUGAGAAAAGGAAGUAUGCUGCUUGCUUUAGCUAUGCUCUACCCGUUUGUGGUGCUCAUGGUUGGAGUCCUUGUGUGGGACUAUUUGUCUCCAUCUGAUCUACUUGGCAACUAUCCCCAUCUCAUUGUAUUGGGCACUGGACUUGCAUUUGGUUUCCUUGUGGGAAGGAUGAUUUUGUCUCACAUGUGUGAUGAGCCAAAGGGUCUCAAAACUAGCAUGUGUAUGUCUCUUUUGUAUCUGCCUCUGGCCAUUGCGAAUGCUUUGACUGCCAGGCUGAAUGAUGGUGUUCCUUUAAUCGAUGAGCUCUUGGUGCUGCUUGGUUAUUGUGCAUUUACUGCUUGUCUGUACGUGCACUUUGCAACAUCAGUCACUCAUGAAAUCACAACUGCAUUGGGAAUUUACUGCUUCAGGAUUACUAGAAAAGAAGCAUGAGGAAUUUAGGUUAAUCCUUGGGAAUGAAAGCUUUGGAUCAACCUUUUAUGGACUGUAUCUUUGUGAGGUCAACUUACAUUGCAAAUUGUUGAAGAUGUGGCUAUCAUUUAUAUAAUGAUUAGGAUUGAGUACUCUUACAAAGGGCCAAGCUACAUAAAUCCUCAUCACCAGAGAAUUAGUCGCACCCUAAAAAAGAAAUUGCAAGAGAUUGGAGGCAUGAAGUAUCCCAGUGCUGGAAAUUUUGGAAAUUAAUCUUGUAUUAUUUGUACUUUGUUUAAGUUUUUAGGAAACCUCUGCAUCUUGGUUUGGUUUGGCUUUUCUACUGAAUCCCAAGGGUGAGUCUUUGGCUUUCAAAUUUUACUGUAGGAAUUUUGCUUGCAAAAUGCAAAUGUAAUUAACUAAUUAUUCUCUCUGAUGUGGAAGAAAAAAUGGCUGCUGAAA